AUGGCAUCAGAUCAAAGCGUUCAUUUGAAGAAGGGUGAAGACAGUGCACUUAAUCAACAGCAAAUCCAACGUAUGAUCGAUUACUUGUCUGAGCACACAGAAUAUAAGAUCUUGACAAAUGAUGAGUACCAGCUAUUGAGGACACCUUUGGACCAAAGCACACCCGCCGCGGAGGAUGGAGCUAGGCCAAAAGUUCGCAAACCAUCAACAGUCAAAUUUGAACCUCAGGAACACAUUCAACCAUCACAUUCGGAUACAUGCUCAGGAUUUGUGUUUGAUUCAUCAACUGUUCGUCCUCGGUUUUCUGUAUUUUCUGGAGAGAAAAAAAAUGAGACAGCAUUUGUUGUUUGGAAAAAUGAUGUGCAGUGUGCUCUCAGGGAUGGUGCUUGUGCAACUCACAUAAUCUUUCAAGCAAUAAGAUCCUCCUUAAAGGAUAAAGCUAGGAGUCUACUGCUUACAUUUCCCACAGACGCAACUCCUCAGCAGAUAUUAUCCAAACUGGAUGGAGUCUAUGGUAACAUCUACCCCAGUGAGAAGCUGAUUCAGCAAUUCUAUGCUUCUAAACAGGAGGAAGGAGAAACUGUAGUGGACUUUGGCAUGAGAUUGCAGAGCAUCUUACAGCGAUGCAUUGAGAGGAAGGCUAUCAGUAAUGAUGUGAAUGAGAUGCUGAGAACAAUAUUAUGGUCUGGGUUUAGUGAUAACAAUCUCCGGAAUGCGAGCCGCUACAAGUAUGACACCAUCAAUGACUUUGAAACACUGAGAAAGGAAUUACAUAGCUUGACAUGA